AUGGCCACGACUCCAGGCCGCCGACGUGGAGCGCCCUCCCACGCACCACGACCAGCCCGCUCAUACACUUACCAACCUCCUGAAGCACCGCUGACCCUGGAAGACCAGCGCCAAUUCGCCUCUCUUCUCUCUACGAGCCACUUGCGUGAUCUGCGCAAGCAUCUUGACCAUGCGAUCGAAAAGCUCACAUCCUCCGGCGGCGAGGUGAACGAGCGACUCGCGGACGCCCGUGGUCGCUACGAGAAAGACAAAGAAGUCAGACGUCGCCGAGGAGAAGAGGAGAUUCCAGAUGAAGAAAGCGCUGAGUACCAACGUCUUGGCGAAGAGGAGACCAGAGUUGAAGCCAUCACCGCGCGCCUGGAAGAGAAAACACGAUUCAUCAUCGAUUCUACAGCCCGAUUGCAAGGCCUGACAGAUGCAGUCGCGGAUGUUGAAAAGGAGGAAGGACAAAAUAUUGAAACUGCAAUGGGGGAGAGACAGACUCGUUCUCGGCGCUUAAGGCGGAGGGAUAACGAGGAUGAUGAGAACGAAGGCGAAGAUCCCCAGGAUGAUGAUUAUGAAGAUACCCGAGAGAAGGAAGCCCGGGAGCGCAAUGCGCAGAACCCGCCCAGUAGCCGAAUUCUGGCGAAGGUGGCAGAAGAAACCAACAAAUGGAAUGGUCUUUCUCUAACUGAGAGAUACGCCGGAGACAACAAUUACAUUGGCUUCUACAAGAUGGUCCACGACUCCAAAUUCCCUAGCGAUGAUGUACCCCCUCUGCCCCACUCCUCAACGUGGUUCCAGCACAUGGAAGACCCGAACGAGUCAAGAAACGGGACAUCAACCCGCUCUCGCAACCAAGGUCGCGCACCAGACGACGACGACGAAAUCGCCAUCCAGCGCGAACGUGUCUCCCUCAAAUGCCCACUUACUCUUAUGUCCUUUGUCGAUCCAGUGACAAGCACCAAAUGCCCGCACAGUUUCGAGCGGGGCCAGAGUCGCGUUCGCUUUGUGAAAUGUCCUGUCUGUUCUACUCCGUUGACGGCGGGUGAUCUACGGCCUGAUCCUGUUCUACUGCGGAAGGUUCGUCGUGCUGAAGAGCUUGAGAAGCGGGAGGCGGAAGAUGAUCACCUUGAGGAGAAUCGAAAGACCAAGGAUCGCAAUGGUAUUGAGCUUGAUAGUGAUGACGGCAGUGAUGAUGCCAUGGAUGUCGAUGCUCAGCCUGCCACGCAGCGGAUUAUCAAAGCCGAGCCGCUUAGCCAGGUUCCUCGUCCCCAAAAAGGUGACAAUGAGGAUGAGCUUGAAGAAGGAGAGGGAGAAGAGGAAGUGGAAGAGGAGGAGGAGGAGGAGGAGGUGGAGGAGGAGGAGGAGGAGGAGGAGGAGGAGGAGGAGGAAGAAGCCGCCGAUGAGACAAUGGCGGACGCUGAAGACGAAAUUGUCAAUGAUAAUGAGAAACAAGCAGGUGAGGACGAAGAAGAGGAGGAUGAAGCAGAAGAAGAAGAAACCGCUGACACUACGAUGGCGGAUGCUGAAGACGAGAAUGAGAAUGAGAAUGAGGAACAAGAAGGAGAGGGGGAUGAAGAGGAGGAGGAAGAUGAAGAGGCAGAAUACCAAGAUGCAGACGAAACAGGCAUCGAGGCCGAGGAAGAAGACGGACAAAGUGAGACUCAAGUCGCCGAAGAGCCCACCGACUCAAUUGACGAAGAGAAUGGCCAAGCUGACGAAGAAUACUCCAAGGAGGCAGAUGAAGAUGAAGAGGAGGCAGCGCCUACAAAUCCCCCAUCAGCAGCACAGAGCGAUGAUGGAAGUGAAGAGCAGCCGGAUCAAGAGUACACCGAAGAGACUCAGCCAGAACCCAGUGUGGCCAGUGAGAACGAUCAAGAUGCAGACCAGGAGGGUUCAAACGACUCCGAUGGCUCAGAGGAGACCGAGUCAGUUGUCAAGAGUGAGAGCAGUGACAGUGAGAUUGAUCGGGAUUGA